AUGGCCGAACGACCCGAGAUGACCAUGGCCGAACGCCUCAACUUUAACCAAAAGCCCUCCGAGUCCCGCCUAUCAAUACCGACACCGGCUCGUAUUCCCCUCGCCGGCAUGGUGGGCUUUGGCAUCGGAGCGACUCUGGGCCUGGCCCACGGCGGCCGGACCGCCCAAUUGCGUUUCCGCGCCGAGCACGCGCACAAGAUGCCGACAACCACGACGGGCUGGUAUCUCUACCACAAGAGCAAAAACUACCACGCCAUGCAGGGAGGUCUCCGCGAGGGGAUCCGCAUGGGUUCCCGACUCAGUUUCUGGACUUUGCUGGCGUUUAGUCUCGAAACCACCGUUGACCGGUAUCGCGGCAAGACCGACCUCCUCAGCACCAUCUUGGCCAGUUUGACAGUGGCCGGCAGCUUUAGUCUCUGGAACCGUUUCUCUCUCCCUACCGCGGCUCGAACAGCAAGAUACGGGCUCCUCUUCGGCCUGGUAUACGGCGGGAUGCAAGACGUCGUUGGUUUCGCGCGCGGCCGCCCCAUCGGAUACGUCGACUUUGUCCGCCGUCGCUUCGGAUCCGGCAAGGCGACGGAGCCCAGCCAGCCGCACGAGGGUUAA